UCAAGAAUGAGUCCACCACAAGAUAGAAGCAGAAAUUCCUGCAGCAGCGAGCCUCUGGCAAAGUGCCUUCAAGCAAAGAAGGACUUGGAAACAGCUAUAUCUGGAAUUGUCAAAGCUGAACAACAGAUUAAAGAGAACUGGCGGGAGGUAAAAGCCAAGAUUCACAGCCACAUCAGCCGCCACCUGGAGUGCCUGCGCAGCCGGGAGGUGUGGCUGUUUGAACAGGUAGAUCUAAUUCAGCAGCUGAAGGAGGAGGUGUUGCAGCAGCAGGCGCAGCAGCUCUAUUGGUAUUUGGGACAAUUCAACUGCCUUAUUCAUCAGCUGGAACGCUCCUAUAGUAACGAACUAGCGAACCAGAUUUCAGUUUGCCUGGAGAGACUGGGAGGUCUUACUCUUAAACCAGAGGAGUCUUCUAUCCUGAAUUUUGAGGCUGACACAUCUUACCUUCGCCAGGCUAUUACCUCAUUUGGUUCAAUUAAAACAAUGCAAACUUCAGAGAGAGAGAAUACUUCUCCCUGGUUCCCAGGGCAGAAUCGUGCCCUAAUGAACUGUGAGCAGCAGAAAACACUGUGUGGGACAAUGAGUGCCUCGCUUGCUGACUGGUUACUUGGAAGCAGACCUGGUGGUGUUUGCCAGGCUCCGUAUGUUCCCAGCACCAAUCUUGAAGAAUGGGUUACACAAAAAUGUGUGUCAGAGCCCAACCAGGAUUUAAAAUCUUCCAAAGCCUGUUAUUUUGAGCAAGCCUGGGGAAAUCUGAGAGAUUUGGAAAACUGGCUCGUGCAGAAUCAACAGCAUGAUGUUGCUGGGAAGACAGACUCCCCGGGCUGCAAGGACUCCACCUCUACUUCCAGCUUGUCCUUUUCCACUGUUGAAAAGGUGAAGGAAUUUGAAUCCCUUGGACAAGAAGAGAUGGACCUUUCCGACUGGCUGCUUACUCCUGACACAGAAAAUGAAAGUAGUGCUUCAGAUGGCAAAUGGAAGUAUGAAUUUAAACCUUUUAGGGAAGAAUUUAAUUUGAAUGAUUGGCUCCUCAAAGCUGAAACAUGUACCAGUUGUUGUGGCAGCCAGAUCAAAAGUGUGGAAAUAGAGAACCUGGGAAGUCUGAAGUGCCUGAAUGAGCAUCUUGACGGAAAGAAAUCACCCACUACAUCUGCUGUAAAUGCUUGGCUGCUUCAGCAUCCCCAGGCCCCAUUUAAAGUGGAAGAUGUGUGCAAAGCUAAUGAGCUGUGUGCCAGCUUUUCAGAAUGCGUGUGUGAUGAAAACUGUGGAAAAGAAGCUCUGUGUAAAUGGCUUCUGAAGAAGGAAGCUAAGGAUAAAAAUGGAGUUCCAGUCAGCCAGAAAGACGUAACAAACCCUGAGCAUGAGAAGACCACAUCUGCUGCCAAUACCUGGCUUAACCCUGCACAGCAGCUCUCAGGGGAACCCAUUAGUGCAGAGAAAGCAGAUUAUUCAGCAGAGAUUGCAGAACCCUUGAAAGUAUUGCUCGAAAGGCCUCUGACAAGCUGGCUAGCCAAGUCUGAGCACAAAGCAGAAAGUGCAGAAGAGGCAAGUAGGGAAAAAGCAGAUAAUAGCUCCAAGAGUCCUUUCCGAGACCUCUUGGCUCCAUUCCACCUCCCCUUGAAUGUAAACAGUUGGGUGUUGACUUCAAACAACCUAGAAAAUGCUAACCCGCCUCCAGUGGAAGAUAAAUGGCUUCUACGCAAGAAAGCACAAGACUUUGGCCUUCCUACAGUUUGUGACCUUUUUGCGUGUAUGAAACUCAAUGGAGAUAAAGAAAAAUGGCUGUAUCAGACUCCUUUACAGAUGUGA